AUAUAGCAUCAGAGAGAAAAUUCCUCUUUGAUAGUAUUUAAAUAUCGCUUACUGAUGCGCGCGCGCUUGUUGGAUCUAAUGAUUUACACCAAGCUAUAUGUUACAUCUGCAACUUCCAUUAACAUCUGCUGGAGUCAUUCGUGUUAUAGAUAUGUCGAUGAAUAUUGUUACCUCACGAAAGAUGUCUUUUGGUAUUAACGGAAAAUUAAAUGGUAUAGAAAGCAAAACACCUUUUCUAAUUGGGGUUUCAGGCGGCACUGCCAGUGGAAAAUCAACCGUGUGCAAGCGUAUAAUGGAAAAACUAGGGCAAGUAGACAUGGAUCACAUGCAACGACAAGUAGUUUGUAUUUCACAAGAUAGUUUUUAUCGAGAUUUAUCGUCAGCCGAGAAACUUAAAGCAGAAAAAGGUCAAUAUAAUUUCGAUCACCCUGACGCAUUUGAUAAUGAUUUGAUUCUUCAAACAUUACAAGACAUACUAGCUGGAGUAAAAUGUGAAAUACCAGCCUAUGAUUAUAGAACAAACAGUUUAGUGAAAGAUCAAAUUACAACAAUUUAUCCUGCUGAUGUAGUUCUGUUUGAAGGCAUUUUAGUGUUUUAUUUCCCUAAAAUACGAGACUUAUUUCAUAUGAAACUAUUUGUGGAUACUGAUUCAGAUACUAGAUUAGCUAGAAGAGUACCAAGAGACAUAAAAGAAAGAGGAAGGGAUUUAGAUUAUGUAUUGAAUCAAUACAUGAAUUUUGUGAAACCUGCAUUUGAAGAGUUUUGUCUUCCCACUAAAAAAUUUGCUGAUGUUAUUAUACCAAGAGGUGCAGAUAAUACAGUGGCAAUAGACUUGAUAGUGCAACAUAUAAGAGACUUCUUAAGCAACAGAGGUAGAGAUACAGUUCAACCUGAAAAUUCAAUAAACAGGACAGAUAAGUUGUCCAAGAGGCCACAUUAAUUCUUCGAAUUCUGGAGAUUAAUAGAAAAUUAACUAACAAUGAGUUAUUGUAAUAUGUAUCUUUUGUUAUUUUCAAUAAUCAUAUAUUUUUUAAUAUCGCUAUUAAAUUAGUAAUACACAUAAAAAGAUGAUUAAGUUUCAAAAAAAUAUACUAUAAGCUGUUUUUUUACUCCAUUUUAGUAUCAGUUGUACACAUAGAAAUUGAAACGUAUUUGAGAGUUGAUAUUACAUUUUGCAAUAUGAGGAACAAUAUA